AUGAAACAUCAACCAAAUAUUACUAUUGUUGAUGUUGCAAACCUGGUCGCAGCCCACGGAAAUCGAAGAAAGAAAGAAAUGUUUUCUCCUCACAACGGCAUGCUGGUGGACCCAACAUCAGAAAAUGUUGAACGAGCCAAAACGCACCAACUUGACAUAUCACUGGAUUGGUUGAACAUCGCGCAUGAAACAGCAAACCAACAGCCUACUGGUCAUCCUAUCACAGGUUCAAACGACCACUUCUGCUUGUUCGACAGGUUUCACGAAAGCAACUCUCAAAAAGAACGGGAAAUAUUGCGGAGAGUAACGCACGUUAGGCAGUUGAAUGGCCUAAUCAACACGCAGCGCCAGGAGCAGCUAUACAACGUAUUUAACAGAGAUAACCGUUUCUUGAACUCAAUGACGCCUGUAAAUCACAUAUUCCUGUUCCGAUCAAAUAUUGAUACGUUGAACGAACGCAUCAACGAAAGAAACAUUCAUGAAAUCGAACAGUUAUCCUCAUUUACGGCAACUGAAGGUCAAUUUGGACGCGCUGUACUGGACAAAACAAAGAGGAUAUCAGUGACGGCGCCGACAACGACGAAUACGAUGCCGUCAGCUAAUUUCACUCAGGAAUCCGACACGUCAGAUGCCGUCCAAUCAGAGGCCGAAGCUUCCGACACUAAGGAAAGCACAGAGAUAAAGCAACCACCUCCAUUUAUUAAAACGAGCUAUCCUGUCCAUUUAAUUGACUGCCCCGAGGAGAGUGAACCCAACGUAUUCUCUAGCCGUCCUCCUGAUAAACCAAGUGAUCCUGGCGUUACAUGUACCGGUAAACGAUCAGGAAAAAAUGAAUCACAAUCUGUAGAAGAAGAAGACUUCUGGAUAAAAGAACUGUGUUUAAAGUUAUCUGACAAGCGAAUUUUGGAAAAGGGGCAUUGGGUAAACGAUCGUAUUAUUAUGGCGGUGUUCAAAAUAUUGCGACUCCACCCAUGCACGGCCGAGCUUGGUGGCUUACAGGAUGUGAUUCCUGCUGUUAAGGACGGAUUUACCAAAGAAAACCGCGAGCAUUUUGUCCAGAUCAUUAAUGUCCGUGGAAAUCACUGGACAACACUAUCCAACAUCAAAUCCUGCGUUGAUGAAGUUCGUAUAUAUGACAGCUUUGUUAACCUUAAUCGAAAGGGUAAGGAUCAGAUCAGCUAUCCAGUCGAUGUUGAGCAGUGCGUCUGCAGAAUAGCAAGCCCACUGGGUUUCGUUAACAUGGUUGUCACUAACGUGCAGCAACAGAAAGGUGGCUCAGCCUGUGGCUUGUUUGCCAUAUCAAACACUAUCGCCCUCUGUUUUGGAAAGGAUCCAAUCACGUUGAAAUGGAAUCAAGGCAUGUUAGGUCCCACUCUUAUGCGUUUGUUUGUUGAUCGAGAUUUCCCAUCAUACCUGAAGUCUACAUCCCAGCAUAAGGAUACUCCUAUCCGAAAGUUUCUUUUUGAAUGGGUGUGUUGGGUACAUUGUCACUGUGCCAUGCCUGAUGAUGGUGAGUUAAUGGGUAAAUGCAAGAAAUGCAAGAGAUGGUUCCAUAGUAGUUGCGAACAAGGGGAUUUCAAGGAUCCUGAGUGGAAGUGUCGUAAUUGCAUCACACGAGAAGAAGAGACAAGAAAGAGGAAGGAAGAUCGACAAAAAGAAAUAGAUAAGUGUUUUGCUAAACUUCGUCAAACAGCGAGAAAAUACAGUGAGCGUGAUGAGUUAGUGACACUGUACAAUAAAGUGAAUCAAGUUGCAUUUAGCAGUCAGCUUCCCCCCGGUGAAGACACAGUUGGUUUUUUAAAUGUUCAAGAGUAUAACGAGUGUACUGGUGAGACGUUGUCCCGACCAAAGCUUGGCAUGACGUAUGGUCUGGAUGGACUUGUGUUCAUUGUAAUUUUUCGCGAAACGCACACCGACAAACUAACAGUUUUUAAGACGCUCAUCCACGAAAUGGUACAUGCAAUCAUGAUAAAGCAGAAUAUCAAGGGGAAAUCACACGGUAAAGAAUAUAAACGUCUUGGCAAAGAAGUGUCUAGGGUAUUGCAAGUAAACCUUCAUGAAUUUGAAAAACCAUAUUGUGAUUUAGUGAUCGACGAACGUGAAAUAUUUAGUGCUAGAGGCUCAUGA